AUGAAGGCGACUGGACGUCCGCCCUGGUUCAAGACUGCCGACACCGCAACGUCUGAAGCAUCGCAUUCCACCACAAACGGAGAACAGCGUUCAGUGGACUGUGUUGUGUGUGCAGGAGAACAGCGUUCAGUGGAAGGAACACCAUUUGACCUGAGAACAGCCACGGAGAUUGGGGAGGCCCUGGGGAGGCUGGAUUGCGAUGGCUACGAUCACUGCUUCGUGUUGGGGAACACCGAGCGGGGAUUGCUGAGGAUUGCAGCUCGCUUCACCCAUCCUGCCUCAGGACGAGUUCUGGAGGUGUGGACCACCGAGCCCGGGGUUCAGUUCUACACGGGGAACUUUUUGCCCCCCGCGGCGCAGGCUCUAGGGGGACGCGGGGGCGCCGCCUACACCAAACAAGGAGCCUUCUGUUGCGAGCCGCAGAACUUACCUGAUGCCGUUAACCAGUUUGAUGGAAACGCUGCUCUGAAGCUUCACCUUGAAUGCUACCACCACAGUUAUUGUGGUACCACCAGCACCACAGUUGGUGUGGUACCACCAGCACCACAGUUGCUGUGGUACCACCACACGAACUACAAAUUAUUUUAG